ACUUCCUUCACCAGUGAGCAAGACAGCAGUCCAAAGGACUACGACGUUUAUUUAUAGGGAGAGCCAGGGACAGCGAUUGGCCAAAAGAGUGCAAAGUACUUAUGAGUUUAACUCGUACUGCCACAAUCGGAUUCCAAUCAGACAUGCACCAAAAGCGGAUUUGGACUGACAGUGUGAACAAGAUCUUCAGGUGGAGUCUUCAGGUGAGAGAGUGACAGAGGGACAUUCAGUGACUCUUACUUGUAAAAGCAGAUGCAGUCUGACUGACAGAUCAACAUUCAUCUGGUUUAAAAACACACAGUCAUUAAGUGAGAGAACAGACAGAAACAAUCAACUCAUCCUGCAGUCAGUAAGAAGAGAGGAUGCAGGCAACUAUAGCUGUGCUGUACAGGGACACAACCUCACAUCACCUCAUCGAUAUCUCAAUGUCAUCUAUGCUCCAAAUAAUCCUGUAAUCUCCGUCAAACCUUCUGGGAAAAUAAUGGAGGGUGAUUCAGUGAAUCUGACCUGCAGCAGUGAUGCAAAUCCACCUGUUCAAAACUACAGCUGGUUUAGAGGUAUACGUUAUAUUGGAUCUGGAAGACUCUACAUCAUCUCAAAGAUCAGAUCAGAUCAGAGUGGACAAUACAAGUGCAAGUCCAGCAAUGAACUUGGACAGAAAUAUUCAGCAGUGACAUUAAAUGUCUUGUAUCCUCCAAAGAAUGUGACAGCAUCCAUCAGUGGUUCUGGUGAAUUAAUGGAGGGUGAUUCAGUGACUCUGACCUGCAGCAGUGAAUCAAAUCCACCUGUUCAGAUCUACAGCUGGUUUAAGGUGAAUGAAACAUCAUCUGUUGGAUCUGGACAGACGUACAGCAUCACUAACAUUAACUCCAGUCACAGUGGAUGGUUUUACUGUGAGGCUCAGAAUGAAGUCGGAUCUCAAACAUCUGCUGCUGUGUUAGUGACAGGGUGAUGUUAUCAGUAAUACCACUUACACAAAUGUUGACCUCAAGACCAGAUCCUCUAAUCUAUACAACACACUUUCAUCACAGACUGUUUAUCCCGAAAAUCCUGAAGAAACAUACACUGAUUUCAAUUCAAGCUCUCCUAUAUAUGAGAAUCUAUCAUCACAUGUCCCAACUGCAGAUUAUAUCAAUACAGUUACAAUGUAAAUGUCCUGACUAAAUGUUAAAACUUUCUUCUUUACAAGCUCGCACAGAUGAGUCAUUUCACCAAUAGUAAUAAAAGAAUCUUGAUCAAACUCAAUACCUUACAGUCCUAUAUAACAGUGGUCGGCAAAAAAUUGCCCGCGGGCAAAAUCUGGCACUCGCAUCUCGCGUUUUUAGCAUCUGGUUCUGAAAUAGAUCUGUCAUGAAAACCAUGCACGAGCGAGAGAUACGAGCAUGCAGAACAAUAUUUGUGCUGAAAACGUGUGCAAAGGCUGGGACCAGCGCUAACUCGACUCUUUUUAUGCUCUUGCAGCUGGACGACACGUGACUUUUGGGACAUUGGGGAGGGACGUCUUUGCACCUGUGAUUAGUUGUUUGAUUUAAUCAGUGACAUGCAUAAUCUUGUGUUUCACAAUCCAUGUCCAGUCAAUCUAGGUAGAAAACACAUUUUAAUAUGACCAAUAGGACUGUGUCAAAGCAAGUAAUGUAUUUUAAAACAAUAAUCUUGUUUCAUCAAUUUUUAUA